GCCCGCAGCUCCAGCGGCGCUGGCGGCGCGUUUCCGGCGCCGCCGCGGAAUGUAGCCGUGACGUCACAGCUGUCAGCGGCGGCCGUCGGUGCCGACGCGGGUCGGCCGUCGGUGCCGACGCGGCUCCGCCAGUCGCCGCGUCGAGAGCGACGCAGACGACGGGCGCGCGGAGGUGCCCGGGACCGGUGUGAGUGGGGCGGUACAGCUGCAAGGAGCGCCGUCUGGUGGUGGAUUCUACACUCGAGGGCCAGCGGAAGGCCACCUCGGUGCCGCCAUGCCUCACAACAUCCGCCUGUUCUCCGACGUCGGGGCCAAAAUGUCCAUGUUCGACAACAAGGCCAAAAUGCAUAAGGAGAACCAGAUGAUCAACCCGUUCAGUGACUGGGACGGCUCCGGCACGAGGCGAAAACUCUCCAGAGACGACCCCGACUACGGCAAGCCACUGGAAGGCAGUAAGACGGCCGAGCGAGGUCGGCAGGCGCAGCUGCAGAUGAUCUCCGACAUGGUGGAGCUGUGCGACGUCAUCUUCGACUGCGGCGUGCGCUCGCCGGACGGACGCGGCGCCAUCUGCUUCGGUGACGUCUUCAGGUUAUACAGUCAAAUCAACGACAAAUGCGUGGGACUGCUUAUGAGAGGACGGAAGCACAACAUCCUGGACUUCGAAGGAGAAAUGCUGUUUCAGCGCCGCGACGACGACAAGAUGAUCGAGCUGCUGCUGCCGCUCAACACGAUCCGCUUCAAGUACGGGAUGCCGGAGCGGCCCGGCUGCGGCGAGGUGCGUCCCGACCUGCUGGAGGAGCUGGAGCGUCAGCAGCGCGACAAGCAGCCGGCGCGCUGCCGCUCCAUGGAGCAGCUCGGCCUGCCGCCGCCGCCGCUGCACAAAAGCCGAUCCAUGGAGCUGACCAGGGAGGCGGCUAAGGGCGACGCCGGCUGGCUGCUGCGACCGGAGUCGGCUGGCGCCGCCGCGCGGGUAGGGCACAGCGCCGAGAACCUGACGCAGAUCAGCGAGGCUGACGGAGCCGUGGGAGGAGCUGUGGGAGUGGAUGUUGGAGUGGUGUUCACCGCAGCCCCAGAGGCGGCCGCGGACGGAGCAGCAUCAGAGAGGGAAGCAGAGGGUACGGCCGAGGGUCCAGAGAGGGAAGCCGAGUCCGCCACCGGAGCGGCUCCCGUCAAAUGGGAGGUGGGAGAUGACAAUGACGAAGAAAGCACAGAAGAGAAACAGGACAGCACCCAGGCACCGGCCCCACCUGCAUGGCCGGAGGUCAAAAUAGUGGUAGAGGAAGACGUCGACACAAAUACAGAGCAUGCAGCAGCUGAAAGCGAAGGCAAACAGAAUGAAAACAUGCUAAUGAAGGCGAACGAGUCUUCUGAUCAGAUGUCGGACGUCGCGUCUCUGGCCCCCGAGUCGGAAUCAGAGUUUGACUUCUGGGCGAGCACAGAGCAGGACUUCUGGGAGGACGACAAAUCUGCCAUGGCAUCUGCGGUGCAGACUCCGCGGUCCGGGUCGCCGGAGCGAGCGUCACCGGCCAGCUCGGCCGAGGCUGCCCCGACGGUCGAGGGAGCUGCGGCGAGUGAUACUGCUCUCGACGAACAGCCCCCCUCCGAGACGGAAGGAACUUCUGAAUCCAAGCAGCACCAGCCAGAAGAGAAUCCCUCACUUGCAGAUAAUCGUGAUGGAAAUGAGCAUCAGGCAGAAGAAACUGAUACAUCAAGAAGUCAAAGUGAUAUAAAGAACGACAAUGCUGAAGAAAAGGACAGUGGUUUUUCUUUCUGGGAUGUCAUUAAUGAGAAUGAUGCACCUGUUCGUUCAAAGGACGAUGAAAUCAAACGUAGAGCUAGCGAAACCACGAGUGCCGAAAGCGAAACACUAGCCCCAGACGAUUCGAAACAGGAAGAAGAUAAAACCUCAGCAGAAGAUGCGACCGACAAUCGAAUAUCGGCUAGUCCUAAUCCCACAGAUGCACCCGAUCAAACAUCGGAUACCACCCCUGCAACUAACGGGGAAACGUUCUCUUUCUGGGACGUUUCUGACGAGGAAAAGACAGGGCCAGCGCCUGUGAAACCAAAGAAGGGAUUCUGGGAAGAUGACAGUGACGCGGAGCCGUCCACAACACCGGAGCCGGGCUCGGCCGAGUCCGGCCCGGUCGGCGACAGUGCGUGUGAGGGCCGCGUGUCUCCUGCCCAGGACGGCGAGUACGAGGCCACCAGCGCCGAGCGACCAGAGGAGGUCCGAGACAGCCGCCCGCCGCCCCUCACCGUGCCGCACAUCACACUGUCUGACGACAGCGAGAUGAUGCCGGCCAGGUAGGAGCCGGCGGCCACCGCGCUCCGGUCUCCAGCGAGACUGCGGCCAGCAGGGGAGCGCAGUGAGCGGAACCGGCCGGCCAGCGAGAGCGGGGCUCCACGGCCCAUCUUAGCCGUCUUAGAGGCAGAGCGGACACCUCUAGUACAGAGUUCCAGUCGGCGAGCUUAGUCGAGAGUAGUGAACACCAUCGGUGUAGAACAGUUUAGUUCAUUGCAGGGUAGUGCAAUCCAGUAGUGGUCCAAAACAUUGAACAAGGUCCGAGAACGGCAGCAUCACACAGGCACAACAAGCGCCGACGCAUGUAGGUAUCAGCCCGUGGGACACCUUGACUCUAAUUUUGUGCAGGAACUCUUCCGGACAUAGUUGUAGCAGACGGCAAAAGAUCGCAUCCCCAGCUUACAAUCGGGAAAGGACUCGCGUUGUCAGGCUCGCUAGCCAAUUUGAAGGCCCAGCACUAGCUAUAACUCGCCGAUAAAGAUCGCCAAUUUUCGGGCGCACCUGGUGAGCGGAAAGUACUUGCAACUGGGCAAGUUUUGUGUACUUAGACAAGUGAUAGCGCGCAAACAUGAUUUUUUUUAUACCAUUGUGUCUUAAAUGUGGCACGGAGCCUCGACUGAAGAGCUCUGCGUAGCCAGUAAGCUGCGUUGCAGCUCAAAGUGUAAACACAUUUUCCAUUCAGAUGGAGUGUCAGUCAUAGAAUGUCAAUAUGAUGACAUGAAAGCCAAUGAAUUAUUGUCAAUAAAAACACAAUUAAAA